GAAUUUUUUUUUCAUUGACAUCUAAAGUUGCCUUGCAAGAGUGAUACGCACGAUAUAGAAUAAUAGAAAAUGAUCGGAUUGAAGAAUUUCCUUCUGUGUUCGUGUCUUUAUUUAUCAUUAAUAGUUUCACAGAAUGUAGCUCAAGAUACUUGCGUGAAGAAAAGUUCCUGUCUUUGCGUAUUCCCUAAUGGCACCGGUAUAGAUCUUACACCUACAGUGACGACUUCGUUUUACCAAGCUAUGUUCAACAAAUUAGAAUUGAAUAAUACGCAGACUAAGCUUUUUACAUACUAUUAUCACCCCUGCUACGAUGUCAUGCACGAUUUCAAUACAACUACCGGAUCAUCUUGUAAUAAACCAUUGACUUUGGCCCGUAGAUCAUACACCUUUACGUUGACGAAUAAAACAGACAACACUUAUACACUAGGGAAUGAGUUGUGUGAGUACCUCGGGUCUUCAAACAAGAGCUCAUUCUCAAGUGAUGGAUUGUCACUCAUCUACGAUAACCUGCCAUCUGAUAACAUAGUGCUGCUCAUGUGCUCGGAAAAAGGAAAGGAAAACCUGGCUGUUUACUCUGUUGACGACCCUGAUAAAAUUGUCUUAGCUUUCUACUCCAGACACGCCUGUUUGAAGACGAUAGAAGAGCCGGGAAGGUCACUUGGGUCGACAUUACUCAUAGUAUUCUUCUGUCUGGUCAUAUUCUACUUAGUCUUGGGCGUUUGCACCAAGAAGUUCCUAAUGGGAGCCACCGGUAUAGAAGUCAUACCCAAUUUGGCAUUCUGGAGCGACCUGCCUAAUUUAGUGAAGGACGGCUGGGCAUUCGCCAUUAACGGAUUCAAAUUACCAGCGCGCUCCAACCAGAUGAGUUCUCCCGACCCCAACAGCUAUGAUAGCAUAUAACAUCAACCAGAAGCGGCCAUCUCUGAGGGGCAACUCGUCUUGCUCGAAUAAAGGUCGCGAUGUCAGUUGUUACUGAAAUGCCCGCUUUAUACCUUUAUUAAUCUGUGUUAUUUUAAAUAUAAAAUGCGCUAUUAAAUGUGGAUCUUAAAAUCAUCUUGGACAUCAUGUGACAUCAACUACAAGGCAGAACAUCUAGCCAGAGAAUAGGCCGCGUUAUAAAUUGUUGUACUGAAAUGUCAGCUCUAUAUGUUCUAAACCUGUAUUAUUUACACACAUAAAAUUUACUUUCUAUCACUUAUAGCUGAUGUCACUUUUUGGAUCCAUGUCAGAUGCGUAUUCAAUUGUAAACAAAGAAUUUUCUACGCACCUUUUACUGUAUUAAUGAACGACUAUGUUCAUACGUAUUCGUGUUGUGUAAGCAAUUAGUAUCUACUCUGUUUAGAAGACCUAAUUAGUCUAUGACUUGACUUUAUUAUAUACCAUGGUAGUGUUAGCCAUAUGGUAUUAUGAUAACUUGUAAUACACUGACAACCUUGCAGAAUUUUAUGAAUAACAUACUAAAUAAUUUCGCUUUACUAAAAAAAAAUCAUUGUUUUAUCGUGACAUUUGUAUCAACCCGAUUCAAUGUUUUUUUUUCUUAAACGAAAAACAAGUUGUAAAAAUAAUUAUUUCAAAAGUUUUUCUUUACGACCAAGAUUUGCGAUGUUGCCAGUGUAUAAAAUUUAAUGUGUAUUCGUCUUCUUUUGAUAGAUUUGCUUUUAAUAACGGCGAAAAAAGAUUUCUUCAGGGUCGCCAAUGCGUACGCGACUAUGUAUCGCAGGAGUAAAUAUUAUGUAUUCGCUUCCCAAUUAAGGGUGUAUACUUGCCUACUUUAUAGUGUAAAUAAUCAUUAAUAUGUGGACCUUAAGUUAACGUGAAGGGACUGAAUGACACGUAUUUACAUAUGAGGUGAAAAAAAAAAAUUUAUGGUAGUAUCCAUUUAUUGCUCAUUUGUUUUUUAAAAAAAGUAGGUAAACGAUAUUAAGUUUUUCUUUUUUAAUUAAGUUGAUUUUACGUUUUGUGCAGCACGCGUUUGUUUAUUAGUAUAAUGUAAUGGUCACCUCAUUUGCUAUAGAUAAUUAAUAUAUAACUUUAGUUUUGUAAGAAUAGUUAGAAUUUACUAGUUAUGUUUGAGGAUUUUUUUAUUUCAAAAAUAUUAAUCAUUUUUUUAGCUACUUCAAAAUAUUCAUAUUAAAAUAGCUUUGAAUAGGUGUGCCCUCAAUAUAAUGAAAAAAAUAUUUUUGAAAUAUAGGCUUGUAACGUGUAGCUUAAUAUUUCAACAUAAGAUUUUACUUAAUAAAUUAAAAAAGUUAUCUGUUCGUGCCAAAUGAAUUUCAAAAGAAUCUGAUAUAAUAAAUCCGGUCGCGACCUCAUCGCUCUGGAGAGGUGUCCCGGGACUUCACGUAUUGAACUACUUAUAGUUUAUUUUUAAAAAUAAUUAUAUAUGAACAUGAGGUUUAGUGGAUCGGUAAUAGAUCUAUUUAUUAUGUAUACAAAUUUGGAAAAUGUGUAUUAAUUUCCUCGCAAUGAACUAAUAGCAUUUGCUGUUUUUAAAAUAAUAGUUAUUCUGUAAGUAAAAAGUUCAAUAAUAUUGUUAAAAUUUAUUUUUUCAGUGCAUGUGCAAGAAUUUGGCUGGUUUUUAUUUUAAAAGAUAUGAAGUUUACAUCUCGAAUAGUUUCUAAUAAUUAAUGAGUUUAAAUAUCUAUCGUAUCUUUCAUAUGCAUGUAAAUAAGUAAUAUUAGGAAAGUAAAGAUUUUCACUUUUGAUGCAAAUUUUUAUAAUGGUCUUAUAAACACAUAUCUAAUCAAACAUUUAGCCUGUUUUGGACCAAAAGUAAAAUAAUAAUAAAAAAAAAGCUUUUCGUACAUAAUUAUGUAACUUUUUUCAUUUAUUUUGUUUUGAUUGAAGGGAAUUAAAAAAAUCUUCAUUUUACUUCAAAAUGUAUUAAGCAUUAUUUUUUAUGAUGUUAUAUUUUAAUUUUUCCAAUAAAAAAGAAGAUUGUAAGGUGUUGGUUUUGACUGAAUGAUUUUUUUUAUUGAUUAAAUGUGAUCGGCAAAGUAACGAAAUAUUAGGUAAAUAUACAUCAUUUUACAAAAGUGUAACCACAAAUGUAAUAGUUCGCACAAGUAACGGGAGCAUAAUAUUCAUAAAUCUAAUUAAAAAAGUAUUUUGUUUGAUACUAUUAUUAAUUUGAGUUGCAUAAAGUGAUUACUUUCCUUGUUUAUCAUAUUUUAAAUGUUCUCAAAGAUUACGACCACAUUUAAAUUUACCGAAAAAGCCGAAUAAGCGGAGUUAACCUUUUUUAAUCAUAUUUUCGAUAAAAUUGUAUCAAAAUCGCCCUUUCCAUAUUAAAAUUUCUCAAGUACAUGAAUGCCAUUCAUAAUGUUAAGUUUGCGAAUCUGGGACUUGAAUGUAUGUGUGAGAGAAUUUUCCACUAGUCACCUCGUCCAAUGCACAUAAUGUAUAUGUAUUGUUUUAUCACCAAGCUUUUUAUGACGUAACACAUCAUACAUACUCUUUAAGUUCUCAUUGAAACUUGUAACAAUAUACCAAUAUCAUUUUGUUAUUAAUAACUCUCUUUACUUAGGCAUAUACUUCUCUGUAAUAAGUCAUUCAUUGAAAAUAAAUGUUAAUUCAAUCUUAAAUGGGUAUCCAAAACAUUUUUGGUAACAAUACGUAAAAAAGGUUUUUUUUUUUAAUGUAUGUGUGAUGUGUUUAACAGUCAACCCACAUUUGUGUUAGUGAUUUAGUUAUUUGUAUUAUAAAUAAACAUGUUUGAUAAUUAAA